AUGGCUGCACCUGUAAAAUCAUUAAAGAGUAUUGCACCUGUACCGAGUGCCAAUGACUUCUUGGAUAUCGUCCUAUCUAAAACUCAAAGGAAGACACCGACGGUGAUCCAUAAGAAUUUCAAGAUAUCGCGUAUCAGAUCAUUUUACAUGAGAAAAGUUAAAUUCACCCAGGAAUGCUUUAACGAGAAGCUAGACGCUAUCUUGGGCGAAUUCCCGAUGUUAGACAACCUCCACCCCUUCUUAUCCUCCCUUAUGAAUGUCUUAUACGAUAAGAAUCAUUAUAAGCUCGCUUUGGGUCAGCUGAACACCGCUCGCCAUCUCAUAGAUCAAGUCUCAAAAGACUACAUUCGUCUCAUGAAGUUUGGUGACUCCCUUUACCGUUGCAAGCAGCUCAAACGCGCUGCUAUGGGCCGUAUGGCGACCGUCAUGCGCAGACAGAAGGAUCCUCUCGCCUACCUCGAACAAGUCAGACAACACAUUGCUCGUCUUCCUUCCAUAGACCCUACUACCAGAACUAUGCUCAUUUGUGGUUACCCAAAUGUUGGAAAAUCUUCUUUCAUCAAUAAAAUCACUAGAGCUGACGUUGACGUUCAACCAUACGCUUUCACCACAAAGUCCUUAUUCGUCGGUCACAUGGACUACAAGUACCUCCGCUGGCAAGUCAUUGACACCCCGGGUAUCCUCGAUCACCCACUCGAAGAGAUGAACACCAUCGAAAUGCAAUCUAUAACCGCUAUGGCUCACUUACGCUCUGCUAUUCUCUACUUUAUGGACUUAUCUGAGCAAUGUGGUUACACCGUUGAAGCUCAAUGUAAACUCUUCUCUUCCAUCAAACCUCUCUUCGCUAAUAAGCCCGUUUCUAUCGUCUUUAACAAGAUUGAUGUUGCUACUUUUGAUGAUCUCACUGAUGAAAAGAAGAUGGCUGUUCAGGAGGUACUCGCUGAUGGUGAUGUGAAAAAGUUGCAACUCUCGUGUAUGUCUGAGGAAGGUAUUAUGGACGUACGUAACCAAGUCUGUGAAACUCUCCUCGCACACCGCGUAGACACUAAAAUGCGUGGUUCCAAGAUCAACUCUGUGGUCAACAGAAUUCACGUUGCUCAACCAAAACCCCGUGAUGACGUCGAGCGUACUGCUCAAGUUCCAGAUAUUGUCAAACAACGUAAGGGUUACGAUAAGGAGGAUCCACAAAGGAAGACUCUCGAGCGUGAUAUUGAGGAGGCUAAUGGUGGUACUGGUGUUUACAGCGUUGAUCUUCACAAGAACUACCUCCUCGAGAACGAUGACUGGAAGAAAGACACUAUGCCUGAAUUCCUCAAUGGUCAUAACGUCGCUGACUUUGUUGAUCCUGAUAUCGAAGAGAAGCUUGAGGCUCUUGAGCGUGAAGAGGAUAAAUUGGAGGCUGAUGGUUUCUAUAAUUCUGAUGAGGAGAUAUUAGACAGUGAAGAGGAAGAAACACGCAGCAAUGCUCAAGCUAUUCGUGAAGAGAACAACCUCAUCAAAUUAAAGUCACAGGAUCAAACAAGAAAGAAGAAGAACGCAAUGAUGCCACGUACCCGCCAAACGAGAACUUUGGAUGAUAUGACUGCUGACUUAACUGCUAAGGGUAUAGACGCAUCCAAGAUUGAGGACAGGGCCAUGUCACUCGCCAAGGCUAAGGGACUGGUUGGAAAGCGUAAGCAUGAUGACGUUGAGAUGAAGGAGGUUGAUGAGGGUAGUGAGGAUGCUGAAGGAAUGGAAGUGGAUCAAGAUAAGGCAUCUAAGAAAUCUAAGGGUGUCGCUGCAGCUGAUAAACCACUUCAUCCACGCGCUCCUAAGAAGAAUAGAGCCGUUGAAGGUCUUGGUAGUAGAGCAAAUGAAGAGCAGGCUAAGAAAUACAGAGCUUUGGCUUCUAGAGAACCUGCUAGACAUUCCAAGGCUUCUGAAUCUGACAGACACAUACAAACUGCUAGACCAAAAUGGAUGAUGUCUGGAAAGAGGAAGAUGGGAACCAACGACAGACGUUAG